UUUGAAGCAUAGUUGAUUUUCUUCUUCUCGCUAGCUCCUUUACUCUUCCUUUCUCCUCAAAGAUUUCCUCCAUUCAUGGCUACAUCUCAUUCAAUCAGGAAAUUCCCUUCCAUGGUGUCCAUAAUGCUACUACUCUUUGGGAUGCUAAUGGCUGGCCUGGACAUUACAGCUGCGCAGAUUGGUGUUUGUUAUGGAAUGCUUGGAAACAACUUACCAUCCCCAAGAGAAGUUGUAGAGCUCUAUAAACAAUACAACAUCCGAAGAAUGCGACUAUAUGGCCAAAACCAAGCUGCUCAACAAGCCCUCGGAGGCACCAACAUCGAGCUCAUGCUGGGUGUCCCUGAUGAAGAGCUUCAAGGCAUUGCUUCAAAUCAAGCCACUGCAAAUGCAUGGGUCCGAAACCAUGUGCAAAAUUAUGGGAAUGUGAAUUUCAAGUACAUUGCGGUUGGCAAUGAAAUAAAGCCAAACGGUCCAUAUGCACGGUAUCUUCUCCCUGCCAUGCAAAACAUUCAAACUGCAAUCUCUAAUGCUGGCCUGGGGAACAAAAUCAAAGUUUCCACUCCUACUUUUGCAGCUGCUCUCGGAGAGUCCUACCCUCCAUCAAAAGGCUCAUUCAAUUCCGAAUACCAAGCACUUCUUGGUCCCAUCAUCCGUUUCUUAGUGAAUAACAACUCCCCAUUACUCAUUAACAUUUACCCAUAUUUCAGUUACAUUGGCAACACUGCUAGCAUUCGUCUUGAGUAUGCUCUUUUCACUUCUCCACAAGUUGUCGUGCAGGACGGCCGGUACGGGUACCGUAACCUUUUCGAUGCCAUUUUGGAUGCCUUCUAUUGGGCACUAGAAAGGGCCGGCGGGGGGUCUUUGCGGAUCGUCGUUUCCGAGACCGGUUGGCCGUCCGGUGGAGGGCAGGCGACAAAAAUAAAUAAUGCAAGAACUUACAACACGAACUUGGCUAAGCAUGUGAAGGGAGGAACUCCAAAGAAGCCCGGUAGCCCUAUAGAAACUUACGUUUUUGCCAUGUUUGAUGAGAACCAGAAGAAUCCAGAUUAUGAGAAAUAUUGGGGGCUGUUUUUACCGAAUAAAACGCCUAAAUACAGUAUUGAUUUCAGUUAAGAAUACCAUGUAGUAGUCAGAUCAGUCGAAUAAACUAUAAGACUAGGACGAGACUCGUCCAUGCAGUGGUACUGUUUUAUGAUAUUGUGAAUUAAGAGAAGUCCAACCAGGACUUUUCCUUUGGAAUAAGGGCAGCUUUGGGUUGCAUAAUUGCAUUACUACAAUAUAUAGCUAGCUAAGACAGACUUUAUACUUCCGCAUUAAUGUCAGGGACUCGAGUUUCUGUGUUUGUACCCAUAAAUAUUGUUUCAUGAUAAAAGUAUAUUUUCCGUUCUA